CGGCCAAGCUGUGGAAACUGCGUCAAGCGAGACGCACCUUGCAGCUUCUCUUUGGAUGAUCAAAACACUUCUACUGGUCACGAGGAUCGGGACUCGCCAGCAAAUGUUGUCGAAACUCAACAAAAGAUCCUCUCACGGGCCGAAGAGAUGGACUUGAUGCACUUUUUCACGACGACUACCAUCAAAACGGUCUGCCAUGAUCCCAAAGACUGGCAUAUGUGGGAACAUAGUAUCCCUCAGUUGGCCUUCCAAAACGAAUACCUGCUUGACAUCCUGCUGGCCCUGACUUGUCUGCAUCGCUCCAAACUACACCCACUAAACCAAAAAUUCUGGGUUCGAUGUGCUAUCGAGUAUCAAAACCGGGCGGUACCAGUGUAUCUCAAGGUAGUUGGUGAAGUGAACGAUGAAACCUGUCACGCUGCCUUCGCAUUCUCUUUUGUCACCACUCUGGUGGAGAUUGCGAUGCCUCAUCCAGACGUUGAUCCUAUAGAGCAACUCGCUGGACUUCGCAACUACUUCAGAGGAACAGCAAUGCUUUACUUGACCAUGUUAGAGCCUCUCAAGUAUGGUGCAAUGAAUUCCUUUUUCAACCCCAAGACUAUUGCUUGGGAGUACGACCCGGCAAUUCGGAACUCUUUCCACAACAGAAUCACCGCCUUGUACAAUAUAGUCGCAGGAAGUCCCCAGGAAAAGAUAUACAACGAAACCAUCGCUCUUCUGCUGCGAUUGUUUUACGACUCCCCGUACGCCAUCAUAGCCUUCUCGUUACUCGUCGGCCCCGAUUUCUUCCAUCUGGUGACCCAAAGGGAACCUUUGGCUGUUUUGAUCUACAUAUACUGCGGCGUGUUGUUCAGCAAUGUUCAUCAUGAAUGGUGGUGUGACGGGCUAGGGAAACGUAUCGGCAACGAUCUGACACUUCCCGCUGAGGUGCUUGAGAAAAACCCAGAAUGGGCAACUGCGCUACUCUGGGCCAAGCAACAGGUCAACAAGCUUACGGAGCCGAACAAAGUCAUGUUUUGGCGGAUUUUUUCUUCGUUCGAACAACGCGUCUGUGGUAACGACGCC